AUGGACAUACUGUACCAGCUCGACCGCAUCUCAGCUGUCGAGCCGAAGAUGGUCAAAGACAGCCUUGAGGAACUCUCCCAUCCGGAGUACUGGGACAUGCGAUAUGGCCUAGACAACGACGAUGCUAAAGCCUUCGACUGGCUGCGACAUUUCGAGAAGAUCAGGCCAUUCAUGACGAAGCAUCUGCCCUCGGCGAGCGCGGGACCCUCCAUUCUACACCUGGGUAGCGGCAACAGCACCCUACCAGCUGACCUGGAGCAACUUGGAUAUGACAGGCAGACUGCAGUGGACUUCUCUGCCGUCGUGGUCGCGAAUAUGCAAGCCCAACAUCCUUCCAUCACAUGGGAAACGAUGGACAUCCGCCAUCUUACCUUUUCCGACGCCAGCUUCGAUGUCUGCAUCGACAAGGCUACGUUGGACGCCAUGCUCUACGGCUCGCUCUGGGAUCCGCCCAACGACGUCAAGACCAACGUCAAGGCGUAUGUGGAUGAAGUGGCACGGGCGCUCAAACCGGGAGGCCUGUGGCUUUACAUCACCUGGCGGCAGCCGCAUUUCAUCAAGCCGCUGAUUACUAGGGAAGGCGUAUGGUCCCUGGAGGUAGAGACGCUGAGUGAUGGACCAGGCAUGUUCGAGUACUUUGGCUUCGUCAUGCGUAAGCGGUGA